AUGGGGAGCAACGUCUCCGUGUUGCUGCACGCCGACACGCCGGUGCCGAACAGCGUCAUAAUGACCCAGCAAAAGGUGCGUGCGAGCCCAAACGUUGGUAGCGGCGGUGAUGUGGUGGUGCGGUGCCCGAAGAUACGCGUCACGGCGGCCGAGAAAGUGAAGCACUGUUUACGCAGCAGCGGCUCAGCCUGCGCGGCGAAGCGGGCAUCGCCACUCUCCGCGGAGGAGUCGCCCAUCUUGGUCGUGGCGGACUGUGCGGCCCCCGGUGCCUUCACCACGUCGAGAACGUACGUGCCGGUGCUGAACGCCAUCCUCGACGACAUGGAGGCGCGCAGAACAGCUCGCGCGGCAGCGGCCGACGCUCAGAACAGCGGCAAGGCUGUGUGCCCCAUCGGCAUCGAAUUCGACCCGACGCUGUACCUUGGGGACCGGCUGAACCGAAGCGAGGCACGCGCUGCAUGCACUGAGUACUGCAAGCUCUUCUUCACGCAUCUUAUCGACGCGCUAGAGAACGUCGGAAAGGAAGUGUCGGUGAUAGCGGGCGGGGUGGUGGCGCCACCGCGGCUCUCUAUCCUAUACCUAGACGUGCGCUCGUGUGGACUCGACGACACGACAGGGCCGUGGCUCGCGUCUUCGCUGAUUAUGCGCGCCGUCCGUCGCACGCGCCCCUACGCGCUUGUGUCCGCCCGCGCCAACGCGGCGGGCAGCAGCGAAGACGGCUUCCUGUCGUACUUCUCGCCAGACGUCAAGGCGGAUAUGGUGUGGGCAUCACUGCAGCACGUUCUGAUGGCGCACAACAACAUGUCCCUCCAGGGCGUCGAGGCAGUGCUGGAGAACCUGCUGGCAGAUGACGCCACGCACGAUGUGCUGCUGCAGCAGCAGGGUGUCGAUGCGAAGGCACUAAAGUCAAGGGAGGUAAUCCGAGCCCUUACCCAGGACCGCCUGUUCCCUCGCCAGGACUCGCAGCUACUGCCCCACCUGUACCUGGUCGACGUACGCUACAAUCAGUACAGCGAUGCUGAGUUGCAGAGGUUGCAGGGCAGGACACCAGACGCCGACAACCACCGCUACGCUGCCUACUCCUACGCGCGGCCGCCCGUGUCGCAGGCGCAGCACAGCAGCCACAGCGGCGCGCAAGCGCAUAUGAAGCUCUCCAACGAUGCCGCCAUUCGCGAGGUCUGGGACGGCCACAAAGGUGCGGCUCCAGACGCCAUCUCCGCAUCAAACCCUUCCAGCUCCGCCACAUCGUCAUCGGUUCUCUCCGCAGCGAUGUCACAGCUGAGCGUGACCACCACUUCCACGGAAGCGGAUCCCCUGUGGGCGAAGAAGGCGUCUGCAGCGACGCCUCCGCCGCCCAGCACGGAUGCACAAGAGCGCCGAGAGGUUGCCGCACCGGUGCACACACCACUUCCAACGCCGUCGCCGCCCCUCACGCCACGCGGUGAGUUGCGCAUGGCGCAGCCGGUGCACCAGCCAUCGGGCAUCCAGGUCCGCUCCCAUCAAGCCUCACCCGCUAGCAGCCAACAGGCUUACCUCACCAAGAUGGUCGCCGCCGCGACCUCCCCGACCUUGGCGACGCAGCAGCAGACCGCGAUGCCCACGUCGCCGCGUGUGUUGAGCGCUCGCCACCCUACACACUCUCCGUAUCGCGUUGACGUUGUGGAACCACCGCAGGUCUACAAGGUGCUGGCGACACAGCCGCCCAACAGCGCUAGAGAGGCACCGGCAGCAGCGACAUCCUCGCAUCCGACAGCGCGACGCCAGAGCGUGCCAACCGCCCCAUCACAGGGGUCGUCCACUGUCGCGCGUGCAUGCUGUCUGUCAGAGCUGGAACGUGAGGAGGGCAAGUUGGCCGACGCGGAGGUGGAGGUGCAAAGCUUGCUGCUGCACCAGCACCGCCACCUCCACCCCCACUCGCAGCACCACUCGUGGCAGCGCAGCAACGGCGGCGGCCACAACCCCAGCAGCAGUGGCGCAGACGACGAGCCGUGGCUAGACGAGGUCUACACGCAGAGUCACGGCCGUGGCACCUCGCCGGAGGUCGGCGCCGGUAGUCGGCGGAGGUUCUACAGCAUCCCGGCUCUCGCCCCGCCGGGGCCGCCCUUUGCCUCCUCCGCCGCACGGGUUACUCCUACCAUGUGGGAAGCCGCCUCGCGCAAGCGACACGAAAGCCCAGCCCAGGUGGCCUCGCGGCAGGCGUCCCCGACAUCGUCGCGUCGACGGCGCCGUACCAUCUAUGACGGCGUCCAGCCACGCGUCAACUCACAGCGUCAUGUGGGCAACGAGCGGCUGGCAAGGGCGGAGUACGAGGCCGCGACGGCCGCCGAGGCACGGGCGAGGGAAUGGUUGCGCGAGCAUGCGGAGCAGCGUGGAACGGCGGGGCUGCGCAGCGGGCGCGGCGACCCCGUCUCCGCGCGGCAGCACCCAGCAUGCGAUCCGAGCCCGUCUCAGCGUGUGGAGUGCGGGAGGAAGUGGGGGCGUCAUUCACCCCUCACAGAGCUGUCGUCUCAUUCCCCGGCGCCGCAGCGGCCAGCAGCAGCCUCAUCGCUGACGCCAACAAAGGCCAACGGCGCAUGGGCAAGCACACACAGGAGGCGCGUCCAUCAAAACCAUCAUGCAGGAGCGGCGGCAAUGCCUGGCACUGAGCAAGAUUCGCCAGCGUGGCGGUCUCAUCACCCAUCCACGACGGCGUCGGCGAUCACCCCCGCCAAACGCCACCUGUCGACAGCGGAGCCGCCGCACAUCGUGCCGCGUGGGACCGUAACCAGUCGGCUGCGCAAGGUGACGAGUCACCGCCAACGCCACUUUUCCGAAAUGGAAGAGCGAGAGGACACCUACUGCGCCAGAAACUGGCAGCCGCGAACAACUUUUCGGACAGCUAGUGUCACGGCUGCGAUGCGCGCGCCGCGGGCCCAUCCUCUCGAGAUGGCAGCGGUGCUGCAAGAGCAGAAGCAGCGCACGUCGACCGAACCCCACUGCGACAGUGACAGCAGCGUGUACAGCGCAGCGAUGAUGAUGGAAACUUCGCCGCUGCGGAGCGGUGACAGGGUACCUCGACGGGAGUGGAGCUCGCCUGUGCAGCGCACCAGUCGCGGCAGGAGCGUAGUCCCGAUGUCAGUGCCAUCGCAGCAAUCGCGGUGCUCCGCCACAGCUACGUCGACACCCAAGUGCAACGAGAACGGCGCUGAGCUGGUGCACGUGAAGCUGCGCACGCGCGCACGGGCAGCAUACUGA